AUGGCAUACGAAAGACUAUACAACUAUGCCGUGAAUGCGAUUGCAGAUAUUCUACCGAUUGAUAAGGACCAGUGUAAAGAGAUGGUCACAUAUGCAUUGUCCAUACCGUCCGAUCACGAGCUAGAGUCCCAUUUUCUCGACUUCCUAGGACCGAGUGAUGCCACAUUCAGCUUGAUCCACGAGUUCAAGAGACUAAGAAAGGAGGAUGAGAAAAAGAUGGAGGAUGAGGCGAGACUUGCUGAAAUAAGGGAGGAGAAGGCCAAAGAAAGAGCUGCAGCCAACAACAAGAACGGUAAGAACGCAUGGAACAAAGCACCAGAACAGAAACCAGCUUCUGGAUCGAGACUCAAGAACAAUAAGACAUCAGUGAUGACUUCUGAGCUUGCUGACAGUAAGCCCUCGAACAAACUAAGUCCUGCUACAGUUAAGAAGACGAAGAAGAAGAACCUUGAUAAUCUCAAAGACAUCGAGGCGGCGCUUAACGAUCUUGAAGUGGAGAGAACCUCAGCCGAACUUGAUCUUUCCAGUUCAACAGUCCGCCGCAAAUGUAACUGCAUGGCCACAAGACACCCUCUUUUCGAGGUGGCUCCGAACUGCCUCAACUGUGGUAAGAUCAUUUGCUCGAAGGAGGGUUUGCAACCUUGUUCAUUUUGUGGACGUGAGCUUCUAUCAGCAAAAGAAAAGAAUGAAAUUGUGAAGAUCUUGAGGUCCGAAAAGGAUUUAUUAGAUGCGAAGAAAGAAAAGCCUACAGACAAAGCCGUCCAGUCUCAGCCUUCUCACAUGAAGCCAAAGAAGGGAAUCAAGGUUUCUGUAGGUACGGGCGAAAACCUUUGGAAGGCACAGGAGGCCGCUUUGAAGAGGGCAGACGAGGAGAGAAAGAAACUUAACAAGCUAAAGGAAGAGGAUGAGCAAAAGCAAAGAGAGCUCGCCGACCAGAUAAAGGAGCUCGAGCACUAUGAGAAGACAAAAGACGUUAAUCCGGACCUUCUUAUGGCACAAGAACGACUCGACACAUUGCUUAACUUUCAAGCCACAGGUGCUGAGAGAACAAGAAUCAUAGACAAUGCAGCGGAUUUUGAAAUGCCCCUGCAAUCGAGCGGCAGCAUGUGGCUUUCACCUGUCGAGAGGGCUCUUCAGCUCAAGAAGCAACAGAAACAGCAAAGAAAACACGAGGAACAGAAGAAGCAAAGAACAGGCCGCACGAAGAAGGUCGUGGAGAUGGUGAUAAAGGAUGGUAAGGUCAAGAUGGUGGAGAAGCACGUAGAGGCGGAGACCACUGAAGAUGACGACGAGAUAAAAGAUUUACAAGAAGAAAUCCAACAAGAAAAGAUAGACCAAGAACUUACUCUUGCAAAGAAUACUUGGGACUACGAGAAUGAUGCUCAGAAGUGGGCAAAACCAGUCUAUGUCAGCAGCGGGUCUUCCACGACAGAGACAACAGCACAGUCUUUACCCAAACAUUCCAAAGUCCAGUUCGGUGAGGGCCUUGAUAAUGAUGAAUUAGUUGUUGCCAUUCCUUCGUAA